UCACACGCCAUUCGAGCUGCCAGGUGAAAACAGAAGCGAGGUGCUUCCUCAAAAGUGAAAAGAUCAGUGUCUCCUAAUCCAUGGGAUUUAUUUUUUUUUAUAUGUAAAUCACGACAAUGGCCUCUAUCAGUGCUGUGUUUCUAUGCUUGGUGUUCCUCAUCUCCAUUGUCAUUGUGUCUAGUAACCCACUUCCUGGUGAUCAUGCCAAAAUCCGCAUUCAUGUGCCCGUGAAGCACCACACUCACUUCAUCACGAAGACACUGGUGAAGAAGAUUCUAAUCCCAGUGAAAGAACCCAAGAAGCAUCACAGUCAUCGGCACUACCGCGAUGACGAGGAUGACGAGUGGCUAGAUCGAGGUGAUCGAGGAUCCCGUGGAGGCUACAACUAUCCCAGUCCAAAGAAGAAGAAGUUCCAUCCCUUCAUCUAAAAUAAUUCACCCACCAAAACCACUCCAAAACUUCUCUUAGACUUAGCAUCGAUUGUACCUGGUUCAUUCUGAUCUUCCUGGGGCUCUCAUCUAGCAUCUUCCAUUCGUGUUCUUCGUGUGAUCAUUUUCACUCACCACAACCACAUUAAAUGGGAGAGUUUAUAUACUGUUUUAUUGACAAAUAAAAAUACCUUUCGUAUAUAUUUAUAAAACACAGAAAAA